AUGGAUGACGAGACAAUACUUCCUGAUUCUAAUCUUUAUUAUCCGCAAUAUGAUGAGGCCGCCGAUGAUUGGCAAUCUAGCACAUUUAGCAAGGUUGCUCCCAAGGCUGUGCUCACCAGUUGCAGAUAUCAGACUCUCCGUGAGAGCGGGGUCCAUGUGCCUGCUGAUGAACAGAUGUUUGAAGUUUAUCGAAUAGUUCAUCUAGUUUGCUUAAUAGCUGAUUCGCAUCGUAAGAAUCCUUUGUUUCGUGCCCCUAUAGGCAAAAACCCGAAACAUAUUCUUGAUAUUGGAACUGGUUGUGGUUCAUGGCCUAUUGAUGUGGCAGACAAGUUCCCAGAGGCGACUGUCCGUGGGGUGGAUCUAUUCCCCCCUCCAGUUAAUUGGGCACCACCAAACUGCAUCCUCGAAGUAGAUGAUAUCCUCAAGAGUUGGACAUGGCGACAACCCUUUGACCUGAUUCACCUUCGAAUAUUGGAUUGUGCCUUCACGCCCGAAGAAACAAAACAAGUUUAUAAACAAUGCUAUGACCAUCUAGAGCCAGGAGGAUGGAUCGAGCAAGUGGAGGUAAGUGCCUUUCUCGAGAGCGACGAUGGAAGCAUACCUGAAGAUAGUAUCAUCCGAAGCUGGGGCCCCCGUAUGACCAUGUCAGCUGAAAGGUCAGGCCGAAGCUUCGGUAUAAUGCGCACGAUGCGGGCAUCAAUGGAGGAAGCCGGCUUUGUGGAUGUUCACGUCAAAAACUACAAGUUGCCCAUUGGCCCGUGGCCAAAGGAUAAGCAGCUGAAAGAAAUUGGCUCCAUCAAUUAUUAUCACUGGGUGGAUGGGAUGGAAGGAUAUUGUUUGUGGCUUUUGACAAAGUUUGGAGUUCCAGAGCCUUGGUCAAAAGAGGAGAACGAGGAUAUGGGCGAAGAAACCGCUUGA